AUGAAAUUAAUAAUAUUUUUUUUGUUUUUUAUACUAUUAAAUUUUAUUUAUAUAGAUAGUAUUGGUGAUGAUUGGAGGUUCUCAUCUCCAAUGUCAUUCGAAUCGGUAGUAUCCCCGGUUCCAAAAAAUAGAAUAUUGCAAUGGGUGGACACCUCUACAAUUAUAAAUAUGACCAAUCCAGUUGAUCAGAAAUAUGUUUCGCAAAUCGUUGGUAUAAAUAUUCCUACAAAUACAUCAUAUCUUAACAAUGCAGAAUUGAUAAACUUUUUUUCAAAUAAGAGUUCAGCAACAUUUUUAGGUCAAUUUAACUGCAAAACCAAUAUGCCAACUUGUAUCGAAUAUAAAUUUAGUGAAACAAUGAAUGACUUUUGUAUGAUAGUUGCAUCAGUCGAUGGGUUUGAUAGGGUUACUUUACAUGGUAUGGAUACAACAGCAGGUUAUGCAAAUCAAAUCGGACCAGUAAUAAAACCAAUUCAUUGGAUAGAUGUUAAGAACGGUUCAUUCUCAUCAACCAAUCCAGAGUGUGGAAAAAUAUUUAAGACAGAAAGACCAGAAUAUACAACAUUGGGUUGUUUCGAUAAAAUUUGUGACAAUCCAAACUUUGCAAUUUUAAAACCAAAUGUAACUAUCGAUUAUUUGAAGAUCUGUUUCGAAUCAUUCUCUGAUUCGGAAUAUUUUUUUUACUCGUUCUCUAAAUGCGUAAAUAUUGGUUCUGAAAUUACUCGUCCACCUCUUUCCAUUGCCUUUUCAGUAUCUGGUGUUGCUUUCCUCGAUAAAGACUACGAUGGUAUUUACAAUCCACAUAUCGAUUCACCUUUGCCAGGUGUCAAUGUAUUCUUAACAACAUCAGGUGGUCAACCAGUUAGAACUAAAUAUGGUUUCAUGGCUCCAACUAAAACUAACGAAAAAGGCUUCUAUAUAUUCUCUAACAUUGCUAGAGGUGCCUAUCGUGUUAAAUUCAAGUUUGAACCACAAUACUCACCAACUACAAAAGAAAAGUCAGAUUACGAUGAUUAUUCAACUUCUAAAAUUAGUGCAACCUUUAGUACAGAUGUAUUCAUUGUUUCAAAUACAGCUGCGGGUGUAAGAAUGACUACCGACAGUGAUGAUGAAUCCAUUACAACCGAUAGAGUUUUACCAGGUAUCAAUGGUGGUGUUAUUUCUUCUGACUCGGAAGAAAUGACAAUCACACUUAGCAGUAGUGAUAGUAUCGAUGGCAGUAGUUCUGAAAAUAAUGGAGCAAGUAGUGGUGAAAAUGGAGAUUUUAUUAAUAGAAAAAAGAAAAGUAUAUUAAUCGAAAAAUAA